AUGGCAAGUCACAGAGACCCUCGAUUUCUGCACAACCUGUCCUACCACCCACGAUGGCAGCACGAUUCGUUAAAAGUUAAGACAAAAGGACAUGUUUGGACAGUGGCUGCAAACAGUUGCAGUAACUAUAGUGUGUUUAAAUCAUUAGCAGCUUCAACUUCAAAACCACAGUUGCCAUCGUCUCCUGGGCAACGGUCCAGGAGCUGGUCUGGGGGCUGGCUUCUUUUGCCCUUACUCUUGCUCUCAUUUCUGCCGUGUCAAGCCUGGGCGACCACUUUCAAGGUGGCCCUGGUUGGACCCUGGACCUGUGACCUCUUAUACUCCAAAGCCCUCCCCGACUUGGCGGCCCGCCUCGCCACUGCUCGCAUCAACAAGGACCCCUAUCUGAACAAAGGCUACUGGUAUGACUACACACUGAUCAAUGAGGACUGCAAGACAUCCCGUGCUCUAGCUCGCUUUGCUGAGUUAGAAGGUUAUGGUGCUGCUUUCCUGGGCCCUGCCAACCCAGGCUACUGCUCCUCAGCUGCAUUGUAUGCAAAACAGUGGGAUCUUGGGAUUCUGUCCUGGAGCUGCCUCAAACCCAGCAUGGAUCAGGGAGAGAUGUAUUCAACCUUCCUGCGGCCGCUGCCACUUUCCUCCCGUGUGCUUUUCACUGUGUUGCGGUACUUUAGUUGGGCUCAUGUGUCCAUUAUCUCAGAGGAGACAGAUUUGUGGGAAGCCACAGGACAGGAGCUGGCCUCGUCACUCAGAGCCCUCGGCCUACCUGUCAAACCUGUAAUCACUAUGGAAUCUGACAAAGACGGGCCCAGGAGAGCCCUUACAAAAGUGCGGGAAACAGACCGGGUCAGAGUGGUCAUCAUGUGCAUGCCUUCUGUUCUGAUUGGUGGCGAAGCCCAGUACCAGCUUCUGACAACAGCCUUGGCCAUGAGAAUGAUCGACCGUGGCUACGUGUUCAUCCCCUAUGACACCCUGCUCUACGCACUACCCUACAAGGAUGCCGACCACUAUAUGCUAGGCAACGACACCAAGCUGCGGAAAGCCUAUGACGGGGUCCUCACAAUCACUGUGGACUCGGGAGAACGCAAUUUCUACGAGGCCUUCAGAGAUGCUCAAAACAGCUAUGAAGUCCGCAGCAGCACCCCACCAGAGCAGGUUUCUCCAUUCUUUGGCACCAUCUACAACAUGAUAUACUAUACCGCCAUGGCUGCUGAGCAGGCACGCACCAAGGGGGGCCGCUGGGUAACUGGUCAGAUACUGAGUGACAGCAAAGGCUACUUUGAAUUUGAAGGCUUUAAUCAACAUGUUAUAUCCGGCAAGGAUGGGGAAGGCAUGCAAACUCGCUAUGUAGUGCUAGACUACAGUGGAAUUGGCAACUCUCUGUACUCCACUCAUGUUCUGGAUGCCAGUAACACAUACGGCGGGAUUGGGAACUUGAAAUACCUCGGCCGUUCGAUCCAUUUUGCGGGCAGCACGCCCUACACAGACUCCAGCUGCUGGUUUAGCCCAUACUUUGCCUGUACUGGAGGCCUCGAUACAAUCACGAUCUUCUUUUUGUUACUUCUGGCCACCGCAAUCAUUGCAUGUGGAAUGAAUUUUAAUUUCAAACGACGUGGAAGGAUUGGACUCAGCUUUGGAGGAGCUAGCGGUGGAUCAGCGAAGGUAGUCCUCACACUGGAUGACCUGGUCUUCAUCAACACUCAGAUCAGUAAACGGAAACUCAAUGACGAGAGCAUCCUGAAAAGCCAGCUUGAUGUGAAGACGCCUCAUCACUCCGUGUCCGGUCGCAGCUACUUGGCCACCACACCAGACAGCUCCAAUGUUGCUGUGUUUGAGGGUGACUGGGUUUGGUUGAAGAAAUGUCCCAGUGGAGCUGUAUUAGGUGUCAACAACAGCACAGAGUUAACCUUCAACAAGCUCAGAGACAUGAGGCACGAGAACAUCAACCUGUUCCUGGGACUGUUCUUUGACUCUGGGAUCUUCGGUAUUGUGACCGAGCACUGCACAAGAGGCAGCUUGGAGGAUCUGCUCGGCAACGAGGAAGUACGUCUUGACUGGAUGUUCAAAUCUUCACUGCUAAUGGACCUGAUUCGGGGCAUGAAGUACUUGCACAAUCGUGACAUCAUCCAUGGACGGCUAAAAUCCCGUAACUGUGUGGUGGACGGACGCUUUGUAUUAAAGGUUACAGAUUAUGGAUUCAAUGAAAUUUUGAUAAACCAAAGCAUUGACAAUGAUGUGGAAAAGCCAGAGGAUCUGCUCUGGUCGGCUCCUGAGCUGCUGAGAAACUCCAGUCUGAGGAAGAGAGGCACUUUCACUGGAGAUGUCUACAGCUUCGCCAUUAUCGGACAGGAAGUCAUCUCUCGCUCCGCACCUUUCUGUAUGCUCGACAUGCCUCCCAAAGAAAUUAUCAGCAAGGUCAAAGAGCCUCCUCCGUUGUGUCGGCCUGUUGUGUCAGUGGAAGAGGCCCCGAUGGAGGUGAUACAGGUUUUGAAACAGGCCUGGAGUGAGGAGCAAGACAAGAGGCCGACCUUUGAGGAUAUCUUCAAACAGUUCAAGAACAUCACCAAGGGAAAGAAGACUAACAUCAUUGACUCGAUGCUGCGCAUGUUGGAACAGUACUCUUCUAACUUGGAGGAUCUGAUUAGAGAGAGGACAGAGGAGCUGGAGGUGGAGAGGCAGAAGACUGACAAACUGGUGGCUCAGAUGUUGCCCAAGUCUGUGGCCCAGGCGCUGAAGACUGGCAAGCCCGUCAAACCUGAGCACUUCAGCUUGGUCACGUUGUACUUCAGCGACAUCGUGGGCUUCACCACCAUCUCGGCUCUCAGCGAUCCCAUCGAAGUGGUUGACCUGCUCAACGACCUCUAUUCACUCUUUGAUGCUAUCAUUGGACUGCAUGAUGUCUACAAGGUGGAAACUAUUGGAGAUGCCUACAUGGUCUCCUCGGGGGUCCCCACUAGGAACGGCAACCGGCAUGCAGCUGAGAUGGCCAACAUGUCUCUGGACAUCCUCCACUGCAUCAGUACCUUCAAGAUGAGGCACAUGCCUGAUCUGAAGAUCAGGAUCCGUAUUGGCCUGCACACUGGCCCAGUGGUAGCAGGAGUCGUGGGUCUUACGAUGCCUCGGUACUGUCUGUUUGGAGACACUGUCAACACAGCAUCUCGAAUGGAGUCCACAAGUUUGCCUUACAGAGUCCAUGUCAACCAAACCACAGUUGACGUCCUGAACAGCUUGAAGCUCGGAUACAAAAUCACAUGCAGAGGCCUGACAGAACUAAAGGGAAAAGGGGUUGAGAACACAUAUUGGUUGGUCGGGAAGGACGAUUUCAACAAGCCUCUGCCUAUUCCUCCAGACCUUCCAGGGGGAAUCAAUCAGGCUAUCGGUAUAGAGGAGAUCCCUCCUGACAGAAGACAGAAAUUCUUGGAUCGACAGAAGAAGAUGGGCUAGGUUUAUAUAUUGUUUUUUUUUUUUUUGUUUACUGAUAUCCCUGAAUGCAAAGUGAUAUUUUCUAGAUCAACUACACAGAGAGAUGUGUGAAGAAAAAGUUAAACGUGCAACAAACUACUUCAUAUCCAGCAAAAGUUGAACUUUCGACAUUAAAUAAUCUCUAUUUUAGACAAUACGACUGUCUAUAAAAUACAAUAUGCAUACCAAGGUUGAAUUACAGACCAAACAAAGUGUUGUAUUAGAGGAGAUCAAUCACGUAACAACAAAAAUGGCCGCAGUAUCGUGUAAUACUGCUAUACUUUAUGUACUGUAUGUAUUUGUAAUGAUCUUUGUAGAGAUAUUGGACAUAUUAUUAUCAUGAAGCUAUUACUGCUCGGGUUACAAAAGAGCACUCGCUAUAGAAGCAUUAGCCUUUUUAAAACAACUCUGUAUUAAUACAUCAAAACAUUUUCACAGUUAUUUAAGAUGGGAAGCAGAAGGCAGGUCAGUCAGGGUCGAGCGCUCAGGACUUGGAUCGCUCUGAUUUUACUGUUGUAGCAUCCUAACUGUGAUUAUUCACACAUGUAAUAAAUGAAGCCAUAAAAGCCACAAAUUAAUCUUGGAUGUCAAGCAAAACAUCCAGUUUUUUUAUUUAUUUUAU